AUGGACCUGGUCAUCACGCAGCAGCUGGCCCACGCCGAGAGCCAGCAAGACACUGCCUCAUUGAAGAAAGCCUACGAGCUGAUUAAAUCCGCCCACCUCGGGAAAUCCGAGUUUGACCCCUGCGAAAGCUUCAGUCCCGACCUGCUCGUACUGUGCGCGGAGCAGGCGCUCAAGAUGGGACUCCUGGACGUGAGUGAAGACUGCAUCCAGAUGUACUUCAAGGUCAAAGGCCCUGUCACCCAGUUUCUGGGCCGGGCACACCUGUGUCGCGCGCAGCUAUGUGCCCCACGGUCCUCUGAGAACCUGGUGGAGUUUGAGAACUGCGUGACUCAGUACAUGAAGGCUAUAAACUUCGCCAAAGGAGAGCCCAGGUACUACUUUCUGGUUUAUAAUGCGUCCAUCCUCUACUGGCAAAUGGUGAGGCCGUUUCUUAAGCCUGGACACCGCCACCACCUCAUCUCUAGCCUCUCGCAGAUUGUCAGCGUGCUGAAUCAGACCAAGGAGGAGGACAAGGACUGGCAUGCCGAGCUGAUGCUGGAACUCCUUGAGUGCUAUCUGGAUGCUGGAAAAAAUGAGGAAGCCUCAAAGUUUUGUUCUACUGCAGCACCGUUCAUAAAAGCUAAUGUGCCACAGAAAUACCGCCAAAUAUUCUCAACUAUGGUAUGUAAUGAAUUAAUGGGAGAGGCUUUUUUAAAAGAAGAAAUGAAAUCAUCAGCAAGCCUGACUAUCUCUUUCUACAUAAAUACGCUGAAAGCAAAGCUGAGGAGAAACGACUCUCUGGAGAAUGUGGGUACCGUUCUGCAGGGCAUCUAUAAGCUCCUAGGUCAGUACAGCCACCAGCACUCACCGUCGGCCAGGGAAGAAAAGGUCCUUCUGCUGUUUGAACUGGCUCGACUCUCAUUGACCCUGAAGUUUGAGGAGAUUGCUUCUGGGUGUAUUUUAGACUUGAAAAGAAUGGAGAAGACAGAUCCUGGGAAGCUGAUUGAAAUAGAAUGCCUGGAGUGUGAAUUUGAAGCUUUCAAACUUGAAAGUAAGAUUAAAGCCUACAUCCGCGUGGCCGUGGAGGCUCAGCUGAACAUCAUCCAGAGGUUGGACAUGGUACUGCAGCGUGCUGUACACCUGGGUGACCCCCAGCUGGUGCAGGUGGUGUGCACCACACAGUGGAAUGCCUGCCUACCUCUGCUCCAGCAUAACCUGCGUCACCACCUAUGGAAGACGCUGACCAGCAUUGCGGCGGUCCUGGAAAAGAUGGACAGCCUCAUGGUGCUGCUGCGCUGCCAAGUGCACAUGGAGCUAGCGCACAUCGAGGAGGACAAGGACUGCCUGGAGCCUGCCCUGCAGCAUCUGGAGAAGGCCAGGCACCUGGACAGCCUAGGUCUCUACCAGGACACACUCAGGAUGGCUUCCAACCGCCUGCAGCUGUGUACCAUGCUCUACCAGUCCCCUCAUCGCGCGGAGGACAAAGCCAUCAUGGCCAUCGAGCAGGCCAAGAAGGCCAUGCCCAAGGACAGUGUCCGGAAGAAGCGUGCCCUCCUGGUCACUGCUGGCCUGGCUUUGGCACCUGAUGCCUUCCAGAUCGUUCUGGACAGUGAGAACCAGGCCAAAGUCUCCACGGGAAAGAGCAAGAGCCGGUUCUCCUACCUCUUUGCCAAAGCUCGCCACUUCAUCAUCAGUGUGGACAAAGCGGCCGGACAUUUACGACGCUUGGGAAAUGAAAAUGACAAAGAAAGGAUACAGAUCUGGGCCGAGUUAGCCAAAGUGUCCCGCAAGCAAGGCGUGUGGGAUGUGUGCCGGGCAGCCAGCCGGUUCUGCCUGCUGUAUGACAAUGUGAAGGUGAAGAAGCCAUCCAGGGCCAAGCGAGGGAGGAAGAGACGAGGGCAGGACAGCACCGGACACUUAAGUGGGCUUCAGGCAGAGCUCACGCUGCAUCGGCAGGAAGCCCCUGACCUGCUGCGCCAGUUCGCUGAGGUGGGCUUCAUCAAUGCUGAGGCCACAGUCCACUUCCUUUGGUCUGAAGGGGUCCAGCUCAAUGACCACCCUGUCCCCCCUGAGGACUUGAGCCAGCACCCGGCCGGCUACAUGCCCGAAGCUCCAGAGGAGAAUUCAGAGUGGAUCACCUACAGCACUUGGAUCGAGAGCCUAUCACAGUACGCCAUGAACAGCUGGCUGCGUGCCGCGGAGAUCGGGCAGGAGCUGCAGGAGGCCUGGAUCGUGCAGAAUGCGGCAGUCUUCGUGCUCAACCACAACCACCACCUCAUCACUGCUGGCCGCCAGCGCGAACUCGUCGACCCGCUCUACACGCUCCUCAACAUUCUCAGGGCCACUGGCCACAAUGGGGACUUGGUGACCCUGGCGAUGGUGUGUAACACACUGGCUCGAGGCCUGAUUCUCACCUGGAUCCCCCAGACAUCGGAGAAGAACCGGCGUCUGGCGCGCGGGAACCCGUUGCACAUGGCACUGGAUGCCAGCGCCACCUCAGAGAUCCGCACGGCGGUGGAGAUCUGUGACUUCGCCCUGAACCUGACCAGCGGGAGCGACAUCGAGCAUGUAGUGCCCACCAGCAUUCGCCAGCAGCUCAUCGCCACCUGGGUAAAGGCCAAGCAGCUGGUGCAGCAGCAGGCCAGCGUCCGGCUGGACGAGCAGAGUGUGAAUGAGCAAAUCAACUUGGAGACGAAGGUGCUUGUGGCGCUGGAGCUGUACUCUUGCAAUGGACUGGGCCUCACAGAGUUCACCGUGCCCUCCCCGGCACAGGUGGUGAAAAUGGCUUCCAAGUGUGAGUGGACAGACCCAUUGGUGGAGCUGCAGACCCUCACCCGGCUGACCCACUUUGCCUAUGCAGCCCACGACCACGACCUCACCAUGCAGUGUGCACAGAAGGCCAUCCAGAUGGGCAUCCAGUAUCUCAAGAUCUCUGCACCGCCAGAGGCCCACUUGGUGGCAGAAAUGCUAAGCAUAGCUGCCUGCAUCCAGGGCAAGUGCAUUAUGAGAAGCCUGAAGGGGCAGAAGCAGCUACGACUGACGGCAGCGAAAGCCUUCAUCAAGAGUGCGAGCUUUGGAGGCCUUGCUGGGAGUGGUGCCCUGGUCAUGCUGGCUGCCAGGCACUACUGGAACGCUUGCUCACCCUUGCUGUCCUCCGCGGUCAACCGGAAGAAGGUGAAGAACGCUGUCCGCAGAAUCAUAGACAUCAUCAACAGGACUGAAGCCAAGAAGCAGGAGCAAGGAAAGCUGCUGCUCCUGCACCAGUGGCCAACAUCAGACUUCCAAAGUGGAGAGAUGACUGAAGGGAAUCUUCUCCCCGAGGCUGAGGAUGACCUCACACUGCGGGCAGCGCUCUACGGCUUGCUGUUCCACAGCUAUGCUGACCAUGGAGACUGGGAGGGUGGCCUAAAGGUGCUGGAUGAGGCCGUGCAAAUGCUGCCGCGGACACCUCACCGCCUCUUGAUUUUCAAACACAUGGUCAUUGUGAAAGCCAAACUUGGCCAGAAUUUCUCGAUGGAAAUGCAGAAGUUCAAAGAUGAGAGCGAGGACUAUCUGGCCAGUAUGUGGCACCGCCUGGCCCUCAACUCCAAGAGCAUCUAUGGGGAGCUGAUGUGCCACCACAAUGCCAUCCGAGCCCUGCAGAAACCUGAGAGCAAGUGGCAGAAGGUGGACUACAUCCUGGAACUGGCUGAGUGGCUGUACUUCAAGCAGUCCUCACGAGAAGACGUGGUCUUCCACAUCAAGUGGGCCAUUGAGAUUCUGCUGGCCAUGCAGCCCCUCCAGGACACCUCCGAACCAGGAGAGGCGCGCUCCUUUCUCCAAGCAGCUUUAGAGGCACCAGGCACUGCCUCCCCUGCAACAGAGAAGGCGGGGACAGUGCUCUUGGAGAGCAUCACGGACGUGAGGCAGCUGGACAUGCUGAGCCGCGCCCACGUGCUGCUGGCACUGACCUUGUCUCCAAGCUCACCCCACUACCAGGACUGCUGUCUCACCGUGUACACAUUCAUCAGGCGCAUCUGGCAGAUUUCAUUAACAACAGCAGGAAACUCAAUUUCAGAGAGUAAAGUUAUAGCAGAAGCUAGUUCACUUUUGGUAAUACCAAAAAAAGGGAAGGAGAAGGAGAAAGCCAAGGAGAAGGAGAAAGCCAAGGCCAAGGCCAAGGACAGCAAGCAGCUGCCCAGUGAACAUGUACCUUCCAACCCUCAGCCUUUGCCUUCACAGUUUCAGACACCUGUUCUCAACAGACUGGAUGAUCUGCCCACAACCACAGAGGAGUGGGCUUCCUAUUCCUGCCCUGAAGAGGUCAUUGACAUGUUUAAACAGGAUCAGAGCAGCCUCACUGUCAACGCGUCCACCAUGCAGAAGCCUACACAUACUUUGUAUUACUUGGACCACCUGGUCAGGGCCCUGAAGGAGUUGUUCCUUUACGAGCUCGUGGUCCCAGUUCUCCAGAUGGGCGUGGUCAUCGCAAAGGCCGUGGUGAACAGCCAGAGCCUGGCAGACCUCUACCACCUCAGACUCUUCCACGUGUGCUCCGAGCUGGAGCUGCGAGACGCAGGCACAUUCCACGAGGAGGUGGUCGGGCAGACGUACAUCAAUGAGACGGAGCAGGCGAGCUGCAGGAAGGAGAUCGCUUUGAAGAAAGAGAAGAACAAGGAACCCACGCUGGACGACAGCGGGCACAUGCUGCCCGAACCCACCCCACUGACCACAACGACCCUGCCCACCCCACCCAGGCCAGUGAAACCCCUCAUCGCCAAAGACAAGGUUCUGAAGGUGGACGGAGAGACUGAGAAGGGCCUGGACGGCACGUCCUUCCCCCUCCUAUGGACGCUCAAGGCGGAAGUGCUCCUGGAGAUGGAGCUGCACCAGCCGGCCAGGCUGCUCCUGGCUGAGGCGUGCCAGGCCUUCCAGGACCUGGAUGACCCAUGUUCAGAAGCAAAAUGUUUGCACCUUCUUGCUGAGUUGGCAAACAAGGAGAAGAACUACGGGCAGGCUGAGAGAAUGAUCGAGCGGGCCCAACACCUGGGUGGGGGUGAGGAGUUCUGGUACCGCUCCACCCUGACGCUGGCCGAGAUGAUCCUAGCCUCAGAGAACCAGGAGAGACACAUGCUGGUGUGUCAGCAGUUCCAGAAGCUCAUUGAGGUCUUCACCACUCUCCAGAAGGAGCGUCCCAACAGGGCUUCGCUGCUAGAGUUUAUGACCACUGACCUGGAGGCCAGGUGUGUCAGCCUGCAGGUGCAGGUCCUCCAAGGCUCUGUCCCCAGGGAGGCCGCUGAGAACUUGGUGCUGCUAAACAGGAUGGAUGAAUGUCUGCUGGAGAGCGAGAGAAAGUUCACCCUCUGUGGCCGUCCGGAGAGCUGUGUGGAUGUGAAGCUGCAGAGGGCAAAGAUAAAGAGGUUAUGUGCCCAGAACGAGACAGAUGAGGAACAGAAGACCGCGUACUAUCUGGAAGCGUACAGCUUGGUGCAGAGCGCUGUGGCUGAGGAGGAGGACCUGUUUCUCAAGAUUCAGGAUCUACUGUCCCUUCAGGAAACCACCAGCACGCCGCUGACGAGGAAGCUGGCGCAGCUCAAACUGCACCUGGCCGAGGUGUCCCUGGACAUGCUGCAGCUGGCCUGGGCUGAGAGGUGGGAGGAGCACUACGAGCAGGGAUCCCUGGACAAGCUGCUGGCCAGUUACCUGCAGAGUGCAAGGGACUACACGGCCGUCGGCCUGAAAUGGUUCAUGUUGAAGCAGACACUGGCCCACACCACACUAGUCCAGCUGGUCAGUCUCCAGCCAUUUUGUGGGGGCUGUGCCAACACCCGUGCCCGCAUGCUGGGCCUGGUAGGGAGGAUGCUGUACCAGUUGGCCCUGAACUCGAACCCCGUGAACCCCAGCUUCUACUGGGAUGAGUCCUACCUGGUGGAGAUGAAGCCUAGCGGUGUCAAGGGUUUGGAGACCAAGGGGGAGGAGGGCAACUUUGAGGGGCCCAGCACAGACCUGCCAGCCUUCAAGACACUACCCAAGGGGCACAACCAGAAAGGUGCCCACCUCAAGAAGCAGCUGGCACUGGCCCAGCAGUACCUGGCCCAGGCGUCCGAGGUGCUGCUUCAGGCCCUGCAGGCCUCACUGGGUGCCAUGAUGCUGGACGUGGCAGCGGCCACCAGCCUGGACCUGGCAGAGUGCACGGGGACCUUGGACCCACCCACUACCCUCCAGUUUUUGGCACUGUCUCAGAGCUGCUCUGCUUCGGAGAUGAUGCAGAGUGUUCUACUAGCCGCCACGGCCAACACCAGCAGCUCCCAGUUCGCCGCCCUCCUGCAGCUGCAGCACCGGCUGAAGGGCCAGGCCAGGUCACCAAGCCGUCUCUUCACCAGUGUGGAGCGGAGGCUAGCCACCACCAAGGCAUGGCGGAGUCUCCAGGUAACCACGCAACAUUUCAAUCUCCUGAGUGAGAUUCCUCUGACCUUCAGGCUCAUCUUUCUGCACCAUUCCAGAGACAGGGCCCAUCUGUACGGUGCCACCUUUGAGAGGCCCAAGUCCAUCACGGCGCCCAAGGGCAAACAGCUACAGGUCGGCGGCUGCUGCCAGGUGGCAAAGGUGGCCAUGGACCCCAGCGCCCUCCCAGACCUGUUGACCAGCAUGCAGCAGUUCCGAGCACAGCUCUCAGGGACAACAUACAGCAAAGACCUGGCCCCAGUCACCAGCAUGGUAUCUGAAAACACUCCACUCCACGAGAAAGACAGUUCCCUUCGAAGAUUCCACAGUGUUCUCAAGUCCCUGGAGAGAUACCUGAAGCCUCUGUUCCCCCUGAUGGCGUGUCCUGAUGCCAGAAUACAGACCUCAGCAUUCAUCCCAGAUCCAGGGAAGUCCAAGGGCAAAGACAAGGAGAAGAGACCAUCUCAGACACCAGUCACUGCUACUCACUUGUCCACAGCUCCGCCUGAGGCUGCAGAUAACAUCAUCCUGAUUGUGGACCAGCACCUCCUGGAGCUGCCCUUGGAAGGUCUCUCUGUGUUCAAUGAUGAGUCUGUGUCCUCUGUGUCUCGAGACUUUUCUCUCCAGAUGCUGAUGAAUCGCCUCUACAAGGAGGAGACAGAAGGCACAGUGAAAAAGGACACCAAGAUCAAAGAGGCCAAGAAGAGAACUGUUGCCAGAAGGGGCAAGGAGGGAAAUGUGCACCGGGUCCUGCCCCCAGACAGCAUCAUGGUAGAUUCAGACAACUUCAAGUUCAUUGUGGACCCUUAUGAGGAGGCCCAGACUAUUGGAGUGCUGACUCCUGUCCUCGUGACCCGGGCAAUUCUAGAAAGAUUCCAAGACUCGUUCACUGCCCGAUGGGUUGGACACCUGGGAAACAAGUACUUUCCAAGCCAGGCAGAGUGGGAGCACCUGCUUGGCACCUGCCAAGGUUUCUUCUUCUAUGGGAUGGAGAGCUUCCUGUCACAUACUCUGGUGGAGCGUCUGGCCGCCAUGGACCUGCAAGAGUGCCACAUGAUGCUGCUUCUGGACUCGAUGCGUUCUUCGGAAAGCAUCCGCAGGCAUUCGGAGCUGUCAGAGAGCAGAGGUGUCCACCAGCGGACCCUGGAGGGCCCCAUCCAGACCGCUGUUGUCCUGAGCCUAGUGGGUGUGAAAAGUAUCCUGUCCAACCAGUGGUCCACGAUCCUGCAAGACAACGCCGUGCGGGGCCUCGUGCUGUGGGAGAAUCUGCUGGCCAGAGGGAUGCUGACUGGGAGAGCGGUCCGCUACCUCCAGAAGAUGAAAAGUGAGGACAUGACCAUCCAGGACCAGUCCCCUGAGACCGCCAAGGACGUGUGGUUGUCCAUGCAGCAGCAGCAGCCCCACAGGACAGAGUGGAACCCCAGCACCCUGAACCUGGUGCUGUAUGGGCUGCCUCACCAGGCCAUCUGGCCUCAGGGAGCACUCUCACCCCUGCCCCCAGGCCUCAGGGAGCACUCUCACCCCUGUCCCCAGGCCUCAGGGAGCACCCCCUCCCCCGCCCCCACCCUCACCUCUGUCCCCAGACAAGUGCCCCUCACCUCCUACUUCACCACCAGACCCAGGGGGGACCCCACCUCACCUUCGUCCCUCUCGGCCCUCCCCGCUCUACACAGCGUGUCCAGCAGAGGGCGAGAGGGGGCGGGAUGUCCGCGGCCAGCAUUCGCGCAGUCGGGUCGGGAGGCUGCCCGAGCGCCCGCGUUUGGCAGCGGUGGGGCGCGGGAGCUGGGGGCCCUCCGGACCAGGGUCCCCACCCCAAAUGCCCUCAUCCCUGGAGCUGAGGGGCAGCAGCUGUGGGUGCCGAAGUUUUGCUGUCUCGGAGCAGCUGCUGACCAGUCCCCUGUCCAGGGCACCUCUGGCCUCCGGGUCCCGCCUCAGAAGCGCGGUGACAUCGCGCCAGGUUCCUUCCGCAGGGACACUGUCGCAGCGCCCCUCACAGGCCUGCUCGUCCGCGUGAGCGCCCUUGAGAGCCGUCCCGCGCAGGGCCACGACGGACGGACAGCUGCGUCCUCGCUCGCCGUCUCCUGUUGUCCAGCUCACCCCAAUUUACGGCCGCCCCGCGAGCUCCACGCCAGAGAGCUGCGCGCUGCACCACGCCCCUUCCCGUCUUCCGACACCGCCUCGUCCCCCACACCUCUGUCUCUGUCCCAGGGGGAGUCCCGAGGAGCCCAGACCAUGCCCCAGGGUCCGUCUGGCGCCCCGGCCUGGUGCUCGGACGCGCCGCGUUUUCUCCGUCUCAGUGCACCUAAGCGCACGGCUAGCGCGGAGGGCCUGCCCAGUUCGGCGGGGAGGUGGGUGCCUGCAAGCGGAGGCCUCAAGCCUGGAUCCGACCAGAACGGCCACCUGAGUGGGCGCCUGGACAAACCGUCUUGCUGCCUGCACAAAACGGAAACGAGGCCCCGCUGA